AAGCUACCAAUAGCCGCAUGGUAAAAUUUAUAUAGAGAACUUAUGACACUUCACUGUGUUGGCUACUCUACUAGAUAAUUGACUGCUGUUUCGUAAUCGGCGAGGACGCAGAAAUAAAUAUUUGAAUUUGGCUGCUUGCAAAUAAAUAUAGAAAAAAUGUUCUCUGCCGUUCGUUCUGCCGUAACAAGGUCGGACAAAGUUAUAUCACUACUUGCCCAGUCCCAACGUGAAUAUGCAAAGGCUGCAGCAAAAGCAGCAGCAGCAGGUAAUGGCAGAGUUGUUGCCGUUAUCGGUGCCGUCGUCGACGUCCAAUUUGAUGACCAAUUGCCACCAAUUUUGAAUGCUUUGGAAGUCGAUAACCGCACACCACGCCUAGUUCUGGAAGUUGCCCAGCAUUUGGGUGAGAACACUGUACGUACUAUUGCUAUGGAUGGUACCGAAGGUCUUGUGCGUGGUCAAAAAGUACUUGAUACUGGUUAUCCAAUUAGGAUUCCAGUUGGUGCAGAAACUUUAGGUCGCAUCAUCAACGUAAUUGGUGAGCCUAUUGAUGAACGUGGUCCCAUUCCAACCGAUAAGACUGCUCCCAUUCAUGCUGAAGCUCCUGAAUUCGUUGAAAUGAGCGUCGAGCAGGAAAUCUUAGUAACUGGCAUAAAAGUCGUUGACUUGUUAGCUCCUUACGCAAAGGGUGGUAAAAUUGGUCUUUUUGGCGGUGCUGGUGUAGGCAAGACCGUACUUAUUAUGGAACUUAUUAACAAUGUUGCUAAGGCUCAUGGUGGUUAUUCUGUAUUUGCUGGUGUCGGAGAACGUACACGUGAGGGUAACGAUUUAUAUAAUGAAAUGAUUGAAUCCGGUGUCAUUUCACUUAAGGACAAGACCUCUAAGGUCGCGCUUGUAUACGGUCAAAUGAACGAACCCCCAGGUGCUCGUGCCCGUGUUGCUCUUACCGGUCUUACUGUUGCUGAAUAUUUCCGUGAUCAAGAAGGUCAAGAUGUAUUACUUUUCAUCGACAACAUUUUCCGUUUCACUCAAGCCGGUUCCGAAGUGUCUGCAUUGUUGGGUCGUAUUCCUUCUGCUGUCGGUUACCAACCAACUUUGGCAACUGAUAUGGGUUCUAUGCAGGAACGUAUUACCACAACCAAGAAGGGCUCCAUCACUUCCGUACAAGCUAUUUAUGUGCCAGCUGAUGAUUUGACUGAUCCAGCUCCAGCUACAACAUUCGCUCACUUGGAUGCCACCACUGUAUUGUCGCGUGCCAUUGCCGAGUUGGGUAUCUACCCAGCUGUCGAUCCUCUUGAUUCCACUUCACGUAUUAUGGAUCCCAACAUUAUUGGUCAAGAACAUUACAACGUUGCUCGUGGCGUACAAAAGAUUUUGCAAGAUUAUAAAUCACUUCAAGAUAUCAUUGCCAUUUUGGGUAUGGAUGAAUUGUCUGAAGAAGAUAAAUUGACCGUAGCACGCGCACGUAAGAUCCAGCGUUUCUUGUCACAACCUUUCCAGGUUGCUGAAGUCUUCACCGGUCAUGCCGGCAAACUUGUGCCCUUGGAACAAACAAUUAAAGGCUUCACACAAAUUCUCGGCGGCGAGUACGAUCAUUUGCCAGAAGUCGCCUUCUACAUGGUAGGACCUAUUGAGGAAGUAGUAGAGAAAGCAGAACGCUUGGCUAAGGAAGCAGCUUAAAUGUGUAGCGGCCCGAUGUCAGAUCAAGUUCUGAGCCACCACGUAAUAUGUUAAGCUACAGCAGUGUUAAUCGAACUACAUAACUAACUACCCUGGUAUAUAAUCAAUUUAAUAUGUGAAUUCAUUUUGAAUCAAAAAGAAUAAAACUAAAUAAAUCCAAAACUUUAAAA